GCCAACGUAGAGCAGAGUAUAAAUAAAUAAAUAAUGGGGGAGAAGCAACUGAGCUGUUUCGAGAAAGUGAAGCCAUACCUUUUGAUGGUGUUUCUGCAAUUUGGGUAUGCAGGAAUGUACAUAGUGACGAUGGUCUCGUUCAAGCAUGGGAUGAGCCAUUACAUUCUUGCCGUCUACCGCCAUGUUGUCGCCACCAUCGUCAUCGCUCCUUUUGCACUUCUGCUCGAAAGAACAAACUUCAUUAUUAGUGAUUUUGAUUUGUUGACGACGUCAUUACGAUUUAAUCAUAUCAGGCCAGUGCUGGACCAAAACCUUUAUUAUGUGGGAAUGAAGUACACGUCGGCAACAUUCACAGCAGCGGCCGUCAAUAUCUUGCCGGCCAUUACAUUCAUCAUGGCACUCAUCUUCAGGUUGGAGAGCGUGAAUCUGAGGAAGAUACGCAGCGUGGCGAAAGUAGUCGGGACGGUGAUAACGGUGACGGGAGCCAUGGUGAUGACCCUCUUCAAAGGCCCCAUCCUCCGUUUCCUAACCCCGUCUCUUCCGUCCGCUGCUCACUCGUCCCACGGCUCCUCCUCCGCCGACGACGACGGCCACCCGGCAGAUCAGCACUGGAUCGCCGGCACGCUCAUGCUCAUCGGCAGUUGCUGCGGCUGGUCCGCCUUCUUCAUCCUUCAGUCGUUCACGUUGAAGAAGUACCCGGCGGAGCUAUCGCUGACGGCGCUGAUAUGCCUGCUGGGCACGGUGGAAGGUUCCGCCGUGUCGCUGGUGAUGGAGAGGGACAUGAGCGCCUGGAAGAUCGGCUUCGAUUCCAGGCUCCUCGCCGCUGCUUACUCCGGAAUCGUGUGCUCGGGGAUCGCGUAUUACGUUCAGGGAGUGGUGAUUAAAGAAAGAGGCCCCGUGUUUGUGACGGCAUUCAGCCCGCUCUGCAUGAUCAUCACGGCGGCUCUUGGCUCCGUCGUUCUCGCCGAAGAUAUCCGCCUUGGAAGCGUGAUUGGAGCGGUGAUCAUAGUUGUCGGGCUCUACACUGUUGUGUGGGGGAAGAGUAAGGACGUGAAGAACUUAACCGGCGACGAAGCAGAAGCAGCGGCAGAUGGAAAUGGUUGGAAAGUUAGCGACGGCCAGGAGCUGCCGGUGGUGGCGGCGACCGCCACCACCACCGCCCGGCAUUGAUGAUGAUCUCAAAAAUGAAUGGGGCCGACGAAAAACGAAUCAUCAGUUCCGGCCUCAGCUAUAUAAACUCGCUGUGAUUUGAGAUCGAUGUUAAUUGAAACAUAUACUGCAUAAUCCACCGCUUUGUAUGUAAUUAUUGAUAUUAUUCUGCCGAAUUAAUUGCGGUGUCAAGCCGGGAACUGGUUUACAGACUUUAAACUAAAGGU